AUGGCGCGGCCCGGCAGUGGGCGGGUAGGUGCGGGAGCCGGGAGUGACAGCAACUACUCCCUGUCAGCGGGGUUCGCAUGGUCCUGUGAGUUGCUGCCGAUGAUGUUUAUCGCAGGAGAAACGCAGAAAGUCUCCACAGGAACCAUCAAGCUCAUCGAGGAUAUCAUCAGAGACCAACUCCUCAAUGCGGCCACGGUUACCGCCAACCGGCGCGGCUCUCGCACAUUCUCAAAGGACGACCUCGUAUUCCAAGUCCGCGAUAAAGCCCGCGUCCAGCGCAUUCGCGCCUUCCUCGCGUGGAAGGCCAUCCGCAAAACAGCAAGAGGUGCCGAGGACAAGGACGACCCGGCCGAGGAGGCCGACUCGGACGACGACGUCGCCGCGGGGGCGGGCGGCGCACCAGCGGCCAGGAACAGGGCCAAGCCCGCCGCCGUCCCCGGGGUCUCCUUCCCAUGGGACAUCUCAUCAUUCUUCGCCGAUUACGUCGCGCACAUCGCGGCGGAGGACCCCGCAGAGGCCACCAGCAGCGCCGCGGCGCUCGAGAAGCUGCGCGAGAACGACGAGCGGACCCGCGACAUGACCGCGGCCGAGUACGCCAGAUGGUCCGAGUACCGCCGCGCGUCCCUGACGUACCGCAAGGUGAAGCGCUUCAGGGAGUGGUGUGGCCUGGACGCCUAUGAUAAGAAAAACAAGAUCUGCGAUGAUGUGAUGGAUAUCCUUGGCUUUCUGACCAGUGAGAUGGCGCAGAACCUCACGGCUGAGGCGUUGAGACAGCAGCGAUCUGAAGGGUACCUCCCGCCCGGGGCUGUGUCUGGUUCCGAGGUCGCCCAGCAAGCACAGGGCGAGUUGGGUACUGAGCCUGAAGGGGGCAGGAAGGCAAUUGAGGAGAGACACGUCCGCAUGGCAUUAGGCCGAUUACAGGAACGACCGAAAAUCUACACCUUUUUUGGCAGUGCUAGACCCCCGGGGGGUUCACGGCCAGUUUCCUUGUGGUAG